AUGCCAAGCAAUGUUUCACAAUGCCACAUUGUUGAAGAAAUGGAACCUUUUACCUAUUUUUACUACUUGAUUUUUCUCAUGGGAUUUAUUGGAAGCUGUUUUGCAGUAUGGGCAUUCACACAAAGAGAUCAGAAACAGAAGUGUAUGAGUAUCUACUUAAUUAACCUCUUAACAGCAGAUUUUUUGUUAACUUUGGCAUUGCCAGUAAAGAUUAUUGUCGACCUAGGAGUUGCAUCCUGGAAAUUGAGAAUAUUCCACUGUCAAGUUACAGCCUGUUUCAUCUACCUGAAUAUGUAUUUAUCUAUUAUAUUUCUGGGAUUUGUGAGCAUGGACCGUUGUCUUCAGCUAAUGCACAGUUAUAAGAUCUACCGAAUUCAGGAGCCUGGAUUUGCCAAGAUGUUGUCUGCAGUCGUAUGGAUAAUGGUUCUCCUUAUAACAGUACCUAAUAUGGCUAUUCCAAUAAAAACUAUUGAAGAACAACCUGGUGCAGGAUGCAUUGAUUUCAAAACAAAAUUUGGAAGAGACUGGCACGUGUUUACUAAUUUCAUAUGCACAGCGAUAUUCCUGAAUUUUUCAGCUGUAAUACUCAUUUCUAAUUUCCUUGUUGUUCGACAACUCUACCGGAACAAACACAGUGAGAGUUACACAAACGUGAGGAAAGCCCUCAUCAACAUACUGCUGGUAACUGCAGGCUACCUGCUGUGUUUUGUGCCAUACCACAUUGUUCGUAUCCCCUAUACUUUGAGCCAAAGUGGUAUCAAUACCAGCUGCUCUCUGAAACAAGCUCUCUUUAAGGCUAAGGAAUCUACGCUGCUGUUUGCUGUAUCAAACCUCUGUUUUGACCCUAUUCUGUAUUACCAUCUUUCCAAAUCAUUCAGACUGAAAUUCACUGAAACUUUUGCUGCACCUAAAGAGACACAGGUUUUCACAGACGAAGAAGUACAAAACAGAAGCGAGCAGCAGAUGCAAAAGUACAAAUUCUAA